GUUGAAGAACAAUGAAGAUGCGGCCAGCGGAGGACACGCUGGGACAAUGAUAAUCUGGCUCUCAAAAGGAUAAAGAAUGGAUUGCUCCAGCCCUUCUCUUGGGCUCUUUUUCUUGCUAAUUAUUCUGUCUUUUUCUCUUCACUGCUGACGAUCGCCACCAGUUGGCGACUAGAGUUUUAUUCGACGUCGCAGGCCGACCAUCAUAUCAUCAUCAUCGUUGUCGUCGUUGUCGUUGUCGAAGAUGUCCUUCUCUUUUCGCACUCAAAGAGGAAUAUCGCCUCCGCCUGUUUAUGCCGCUCAUUCUACAUUACAGACUUCGAGCACGACUCUCAGACCUUACCUUCAACUCCCACACAUCCUUUCCCUCGCCUGGCUAGCGUAUCCAAUCAUUUCGCUCAUCUUUGUGAUUUUCAGACUCCAGCUAUCAUCCCAGUCUGCGCAAACUGCGGUAGCUAAUGCGAAAGGUGACCUCUUGACCGCGUGCCAAGCAGCAGAGCAAGCUGCCACGGCUGCUGCCAGUGCUCCCCGGUAUAUGGCAAUUGCUUCAAAUCAGUUAAUCGCAGAUGCUAUCAACGGCACCAUGAACGACGCGCGCGCAGCUCUGAUUCUCUCAUUGACUGUCAUGGAAGCGAUCAUCAACUUCCUCAUUGACAUCUACCGCUCCACGUUCUUGUGUUUCCUCGAACUGAUUGUUGGAGGUGGUCUGGCUCUUCUCAUUGCUGCUGUUCAAGAGAUUACUUCUUUUUUGCAAAGCACCUUGAACACCAUUGUGUCAGGUUUGAAGAACGAUGCCACUUCGCUCAACUCUGCAAUUACAACCAUAGUCAACGAUCUCAACAAGGUCAAUCCUUUUGGGAACAUCAAUGCGCCGCAAUUCGAUGUCACGAGCCUGGACUCUCUGUCCAGUAUCACUAUCCCAACGGAUUUCGAGAAUGCUUUGAUUCAGCUCAACAAUUCACUGCCUACUGUGUCGUCGAUCAAGAACUCUAUCGAAUCUCUCGUCGACACACCUUUCGAGGCCGUGAAGUCUGACAUCAACAGCACGUUCCAAGGCCUUUUCUUUGACGUAUCAACCCUUCCUGUCCCUGCUCAGAACGCGGUUUCAUUUUGCAACAAUUUGGAUACCUCCUCAGUUGACAAUCUCGGCAAUGACCUGCUCACGAUCACGAAGAUUGGCACCAUAAUUUUGAUUCUUCUUCUCUUCGCCCUGCUAGCAGGGCACUGUGCUCUUGAGUGGUACAAGUGGCGCUGCCUGCAGUUCCACCUCCAUCGCACUCGUGAGGCAUGGGUUUCCGACCCCACCACGGUGUACACCGGCUCCGCUAAUGCCCCCUCAGUCACGCUCACCGACCACAAUCUCCUCAUGCUCCAGACGGAUGCGCAACAUCCACUACUUACUCGCAUAGCUAAUUCCCUAUCAACCAAACUGCGUAUGUCCCCUUCACAGCACACUCACCUGCGUUGGUUCCUGCACUACAUUUUCCAUGCGCCCGCACUCGCCUGCUUCUUGAUCGGUUUCUUUGGUCUACUUUCCGUUCAAGUGCAGCUCCUCGCCGUCGGCCCUUUGGAAGCAAAGUACAGUGCACAAGCAGCUGCGAGUGUGCAGGAUCUCUCCAGCCAGAUCUUUGCACAGGUGAAUGGUUCAAUGUACGACCAGUCCUCAUCGUACGCUAGCACCAUCAAUACACGUGUUGAGACCGUCCAGUCCUCUGUCAACAAUGGACUGUUCGGCUGGGUUAAUGGCACUACCACAACGCUUAACACGACGCUGAACAACUUUUACACCGAUGUCCAGAAUAUCGUCACGAGUGUGUUCAAUGGCACCGUCUUGGAGAACACUGCGCAGGACUUCGUCCGAUGUAUCAUCGGCUCGAAGGUCUAUGCACUCGAGGAAGCACUCACGUUCCUGAACGAAAACUUGAUUGUUGAUCUCCCGACUGUCAAUGAGACCGUCUUGGUACUCUCGUCGUCUGACGUCAAUGAGAUCACUCAGCCAAUUGCAACCGCCGCGGUUGGUGGCGGGCAAGAUAACUCAGGUGGCGUCAUCGGAAGGCUUGUCGCGACGUACGUCGACUCCCUGAAGCAGGAGCGCAUCAUGUUUGCCCUGUUCCUAGGUCUCUGGGGCGUUGUCGUACUCAUGGGUCUCGCUGUCGUUUUCUGGCAUUCCUACGCGAAAAAUUGGGUUGAAGCAUACAAUAAGCGCAAGUGGCGCAGGGAGCAACGCGACAAUAUCGACGAUAUCAUAGCAGCCUUCCCCAAUGCACCGCCCACCGUCCACAUCAGCAAGGAUACGGAGAAGGGCGAGAAGACGCCCGACAUGGGUCUACGGUCCUUUACGCCUCUUCCUGAGCCACGUUCAGCAUUCAGCCUUAAUCCAUUCGGCCGGUCUGCCAAUCACCCGCUGAAAACGCUCGAUCCUCGGUUUGAGAAAAGCUGGGAUAGCCUUUUCCACCAGGAAUCUGAGCCGAAAGUUGAGCAGCAGAAGCAGCCGUCGAUACUUUCUCGCACCAUCAGCAGGCCGAUGCGUUUGAUGGCUCUGGGAAAAAGGAAGCAGGAUGAGAACAGUGGAGACAGAGAGGACUUGCCGAAGGCAGAAGAUGAACAACCCAAGUCGCACUGGCUCAAGCCCAUGACAAACCUCUUUGCGAAGAAGGCUGUUCCCGCUGAGGAAUUUGUCGUCAAUAGGCCGAUGUCGCGGCCUCCUAGACCUCAAUUGACAAUUUCGACAGCGCAUGCUGCCUCACUCAAGUUGGAUGACCUACCACACAUUGAACAGUCUCCGAUUCGUGAAGAGCCUCCCUCUGCCUGGUCUGUCUCUCCGACUCCACCCUCUCUGCCAUGGACGAAGAACAUGGUUGGUCCUGUCAAGAAGUCAACACUCGCUCCUUUGUCGUUCCCUCCACCACCGGUCCAUCCAGAGAAGCGCAGAAAAGCUAGCGUGCCUACUGACGUUGGGUCAUUCGAGGACUCUGGCUUCACUCCUCCGCAGGCCAAGGGACCAAGCCCGCUCGCUAUGCCACUGCACCACGCGUUCGAGCGGCCACCCCCACAGCAGGCAACUGUCCCAUUGACACUCUACCCGUCACAAGUGCAAGCUGCGCUCCUCUCCUCGUACAAGGGGAAGAACAAGCCACCAGCGGCCCCUCCCCCGCCGGGCCUUGCGCCGUCCCCCCCUACAGAAUCCGUCACGCCCGUAACGCGCCUUCUCACGUCCACUCAUGCGCGGCAGUCAAGCAACGCCAUAAACCCAUUUUCCACACCUUUUGACGACGACGCCCGCGCAGUAUCUCCGACGCAUAUCAAAAGGAUUACGAAUCCCUUUGCUGGCUUUGCGUUGUAGCUCUGACACAACUUUCAUCUAUACGACUCGAACAUGACGCUUUUCUCUGUAUUUUGUACGCUACGCACCACAGAUACUGUUAAUACCUCUCACUGUGCAUUAAUGUCGUGCUCUUCCUCUCUUUUCAUAUAUCCUUAACUGUAGCACUUCAUCUACUUUCCGAUGUCGAGGAUCCUGAUAGCACACUUCAUUUCACAUAUGUAGCUCUAUUCUACUGAAUCUGCAUUGUUAUCCGCUGGUACUCGGACUUCACUCAAUCAAAU